AUGUUGCUCACAAUUCUCUCUUCUCUGCUGUUGCUGGUGAAUGCUCAGCCCCAUGGGCGAGGGCUCUCGGUGGAACCUGUGGAAGACUGCUCUCUUCUCCCCGCCUACAAUGAAGAGACGAGGAUAGCCGGUCCCUGGACCGUCCACGUCGACUCCUGUUAUAAUGGCACGGCCACGGAUGGGAGAUGUACGAUCGAGGGCUUUGGAUCUAGUUCGGAUGUGACCCGCCAACGGGGCGACCCGGUGGAUUUGAUUAAGCAUGGAUUUAUCACCAUCGUCAGCAGCAGCGAGAAUGUCAAAACACAACUCCGCUGCAAUGGCACCCUCAACCGGAUCGAGGCCUAUGUCCCCGCGGGCCCCGACGCCUAUGAAUGGCAAGCCCUCGGCAUCAACCAUCAUCCCAGCACGGGCCGACUGGUCUGGGGCAGAGACUUCGAGCCGGUGCAGGCAUAUCGACACUAUCGCCGAGGUCAGACCGUGGAUGGGAUCUUCCUUGGGGCGAACAAGCAAACCAACUGGGCGGUUCACUCGUCCGGGAGGGAUGUCAGCAUUGAGGACUUCAAGCCGUACUGGGUGAUGCGAUUGAUGAUUCCGGAGACUACGUUCCGCAAGAAUGAGUUCCACACCCUCAUUCGCAUUGAUGGCAGUUGA